AUGGAGAGGCAGCUGCAUUUAAACCUACUACCCUCCAGACCCCCUAUGCCUGGUGGGCUUCAGUCCAGCGGCUCCAAAAUGAAGAUGGGACCUGGGCGAAAACGUGAUUUCACCCCACUGUCCUGGAGUCAGUACUUUGAAACCCUGGAGGAUGUUGAAGUGGAAAACGAGACUGGCAAAGAUAUUUUCAGGAUUUACUGCAGUGGGGCUCAUGGUCCAGUGCUGUUCCUGCUUCAUGGAGGAGGCCACUCUGCGCUCUCUUGGGCAGUUUUCACUGCUGUUAUUUGCAGCAGGAUUGACUGCAGGGUGGUGGCCAUGGACCUUAGAGCUCACGGUGACUCCAAAGUAAAAGAUCUUGACGAUCUCUCAGCUGAUACAAUGGCAAAGGAUGUUGGGAAAGUAGUUGAGUCCCUUUAUGGCGAUAAUCCACCCCCUAUUAUGUUAAUUGGACAUAGCAUGGGUGGGGCUAUUGCAGUACACACCGCAGCAGCCAAUCAUAUUCCUUCUCUGAUUGGCCUAUGUGUUAUUGAUGUUGUGGAAGGCACUGCAAUGGAUGCUUUAAAUAGUAUGCAGAAUUUUCUGAGAAGUCGCCCAAAGACUUUCAAAUCUCUGGAGAAUGCAAUUGAAUGGAGUGUUAAGAGUGGUCAAAUUCGAAACUUUGAAUCGGCUCGCGUGUCAAUGGGAGGUCAAGUAAAAAAGUGUGAAGAAGCCAGCAACAGUCCAGAUGUCUCCAGAAGUAUUGAGGAAGGGAUAAUUGAAGAGGAUGAAGAGGAGGAAGCGGGAGAGGAAUCAAGUAAGAAAAGGAUGAAGGAAGAUGACCCAGAGGCAAAGAAAGAAAGUGUGUUUACCUGGCGAGUGGACUUGUCAAAGACGGAGAAGUAUUGGGAAGGCUGGUUCAGAGGUCUCUCGUCUCUGUUUCUUACCUGCUCUGUGCCAAAACUGCUUUUGCUUGCUGGGGUAGACCGGCUUGAUAAAGAUCUUACCAUUGGACAGAUGCAAGGAAAGUUUCAAAUGCAGGUCCUUCCUCAGUGUGGCCAUGCUGUCCAUGAAGAUGCCCCCGAAAAAGUAGCAGAUGCUUUAGCAACAUUUAUGGUUAGGCACAAAUUCACUGACUUUAAAGAAGGAUUUCUUUGCUAG